AUGGGGUGGCUGGAGGAUGAAGUCAACUUACUGGACAGAAUUACCUCCCAGGCACGGGACCUCAGCAACGUUUCCUUUGGCCAUGACAACACCAACUGCAACACCCUAGAGGUUGGGCAAUAUGCCACCCUCACCAUCCCAACCAGGGAGGCCUUUGGGGACAGGUUUGCAGAUGAGCUGAGUGUGCUGAUGAAGCUCAGGUACUCACUGAAGGAGGACACCAGCCUGGUGACCAUCCUUAGCCACCGCAGCCACGUGCUCUUCCAGAUCAGGAUUAACCCCUAUGCCUUGGUCUUUGUCACCACGAGGAGGAGACACUAUGAGUUCCCAGUUUCCUUCCUCGGUGAUGGGCACUGGCACAGAGUUGCCCUCAGCAUCUCCUUGGAGAGGCUGGAGCUGCACGUGGACUGUCGGCUGGUGGACAGAGUGAGCUGGUCCAACUAUUUUGGGAUGGGAGUGACCACUGAGGGGCUCGUCAUCAUUGGAGGCCUGAUCGAGUCCUUCGAGAUCCCCUUUAAGGACUCCAGCCUCACCAGUUCAGAUUUGGCCCCGGGGCCACCCUGGAGGUGGGAGGCUGCCCAGGAGACCCCCAAGCUCCAGCCUGAUGGGAGCACCCUGACUUUCCUCUCAGCUCCUGAGAUGCCAUCAGCUGAGGAGGACGAGGAGGAGGAGGGCAGCCUUUCUAUUGAGGAGGAAGGCUUUGAGCUCUUGAACUCCACCUAUAACAAAAUGACAGGCCCUGGCAGGAGCAGCCUGUGGGGGGCUGGGAACCCUGGAGCCUCCACCAAAACACUCAGAGCAGCCAAGGAGGAGAGUGGCUCUGACCCCCGGGAGGAGAACGUCACCAUGGAGAAGGUGACAGGUGCUGGGGACACCUGGUGGGUCCAGUCACCCAGCAAACCUGGUGGUGCCCUCACCCACCUGCACCUGCCUGCCACCUUCACCAAGGGCUGUCCUGGGAGACGUGGGCUGGUGGGACCCAAAGGAGACAAAGGGUACCCUGGAGCCGUGGGCAGGACAGGCCCCCCGGGUGACCCAGGCCCUGUGGGCAUCCCUGGUGUCCCCACCGUUGUCCUGUGGAGGAACUCCAGGGAGGACUGGCAGACGUUCACGGGUGAGCCUGGGCUCCAGGGCUCCCCAGGACGUGCAGGUUACCCAGGCUCAGAUGGUCUCCCUGGCCUGGAUGGCAAACCUGGGCCAUGGGGGCUGCCAGGGGAGCAGGGUGAGCCUGGGCUCCAGGGCUCCCCAGGACGUGCAGGUUACCCAGGCUCAGAUGGUCUCCCUGGCCUGGAUGGCAAACCUGGGCCAUGGGGGCUGCCAGGGGAGCAGGGACUGCAGGGCUUCCAGGGUGACCAGGGGCUGGCUGGUGAGAAAGGAGAAGAGGGUUUCUUGGGUGACCCUGGACCAGCUGGGGAGAAAGGAGAGAAGGGAGCAAAGGGGUUGAAGGGAGAAAAUGGCCUGCCAGGUCCUGCUGGGCUUCAGGGGAUGUCAGGCCUGAAGGGGGUGAUGGGCUUCCCAGGCCCCGUGGGGCUGCAGGGUGAAGGUGGCUCAGUGGGUUUCCCAGGCCCUGUUGGUCCCAAGGGAGAGCCAGGCCAGCCAGGACCUGUUGGAUGCCAGGGUGUCAAUGGCUCUGAGGGAGAAACAGGCCCUCCUGGCUUGCCUGGUCCCCAGGGACCCAAGGUCCAAAGGGCAGCCAAGGAGAGCAGGGCUGUCGAGGUCCACGUGGAGCCAAGGGAGCCCUGGGAGCCCAAGGAGACAAGGGUCCCCAAGGAGCACAAGGAGCAAAAGGAGCUGCAGGGAGUCGGGGCCAGCCAGGCUUGCAGGGCUUCCCUGGCCCCCGAGGAGCAGCAGGACCCCAGGGACCAGAGCAUCUCAGCCAUCUCUGCCACCCUGCCCUGCCUCUUCCUCCUCCUGCAGGCUGAAGGCAGGGGGCUGUCCCCCCCAGAAAGCCCACCUGGCAGCAGCUCUGGUGUUUCCUCACUUGCUGGGGUGGGAGAAGAAGGCCAGAUUGGCCCCGUGGGGCUGAACAGCAGCGAGGGACCCAAGGGAGGCCGAGGACCUGAUGGCCCAAAGGGAACCCCAGGACCACGGGGAGCCCGGGGCCGUGUGGGGCAGCGAGGGCUGGUGGGAGUUCCCGGGGUGCCCGGGCUGCCUGGGAAGCCUGGCUUGGAGGGGCCCCAGGGACCUGUUGGCAUCCAUGGCUACCCAGGACCUGCUGGUGACCGUGGGAGGCCAGGGCAGAGGGGAGACAAGAUCAGCACAUUCAAACGUGUGGAGGAAAGGAAACUUUUCUUGCCUCCUGACAGGGAGAAGCAGGAGCCCAGGGCCCUCCAGGAUUUCCAGGAAAAGCUGGACCCAAGGCCCUGCCAGGUCCCCCUGGUCCACGAGGUGCUCCUGGCUCCCAGGGCAGAGCGGGACAGCCAGGUCCUCCAGGGCUUCCAGGGCUGCCUGGUGUUCCCGGCGCGCGGGGGCCGGCGGGUGUUCCUGGGAAACCUGGCUCAGCAGGAGCAGUGGGAGCUCCUGGAGCCCCUGGAGCUGCUGGCCCUCCAGGGUACCCGGGCCACGCGGGACAUCCCGGGAGCCCUGGCAUCAGGGGGCUGGAUGGGGAGCAGGGAGAGGUGGGAACCUGUGGAGCUCCAGGCAUCAGAGGGAGCCCUGGAGAACCAGGAGACAAUGGGCCUGAGGGGCUACCAGGGAGGCCUGGGGGUCAUGGAAAGGAGGGUGAUCCUGGUGAUGCUGGAGGUCCUGGCGAGCCAGGAGCAGCAGGACAAAAGGGUGAUCCUGGUGAUGCUGGAGGUCCGGGCGAGCCAGGAGCAGCAGGACAAAAGGGGCCUUCCUGGAGUGCCUGGUCCAGGAGCUGCUACAGGGGAAAUUGGAGAAAAAGGCCAGAAAGGAGAAAAGGGCCAAGAAGGUUUGAUGGGCAAGAGAGGGAAGAUGGGCCAGCGGGCCCCCAGAGGACCCCGGGGACCCAAGGGCUUCCCAGGUGACAAGGGGCUGCCAGGACCCCAGGGCCCCCAAGGACCCUAUGGCAUCCCAGGGCUGAAGGGCAUGAAAGGAGACCCUGGACCCAAAGGACACAAGGGUGAGAAGGGCAGCAUGGGUGAGCUGGGCCAGCAAGGGGACGAUGGCUUCAAGGGCAAGCCAGGACCCAGUGGCAUCCCUGGGAGGCCAGGACCCAGAGGGCAGCAGGGUGACAGAGGCUCCCCUGGCCCACAGGGACACCCUGGCAUCCCCGGGACGCCGGGGCUGGCUGGCCCCCCUGGCCCCAGGGGACCCGUGUUGCUGCUGUCUGGGGAGGAGCUGCAGCACCUAAUUUAUCCCUCCAACCACCUGAAUUACACGGCGGUUUGGGCUGUGCUGGACACCCUGAGCCAGGAGCUGCAAACCCUGGUGGAUCAUCCCGAAGGCACCAAAACCAACCCAGCAACCACCUGCAAGGAGCUGCUGCUGGCCCACCCCAGCCUGCCCGACGGGCAAUACUACAUUGACCCCAACCAGGGCAGUCCCCAGGAUGCACUGGUGGCUUUCUGCAACUUCACAGCAGGGGGUGAGACCUGCAUAGCCCCCAUCCACAACCAGGUCCCCAUCAAGGCUUGGCUGAGCACCUACACCUCCAAGGACACCUUUGAGUGGUUCAGCACCCUUCCUGGGGGCUUCCUGCUGGAGUACAGAGGGGCCAGCCCGGUGCAGCUCCGCUUCCUCCGCCUGCACAGCCACCAGGCCACCCAGAAGGUCUCCUACUCCUGCAGACCAGCCCCCCAGCAGGGCCAGCCCCAGCCCCAGAAGGAAAUCCUCUUCCUGGCUGACUCCCGGGAGCAGAGCUACGCAGCCAGCCUGCAGGGCUGUGUGCUGGACAACGACUCCUCCAUCACUGACACCAUCUUCCAGUUCAGCACCGAGGAGCUCUCCCUCCUGCCCCUGCGGGACGUGGGCGUCUUCCACAACGGUGACACCUCCCACCAGUUUGGUUUCACAGUCGGACCAGUUUGCUUCACCUGA